AUGACAGCGUACGCCGCCGCUGACGACGCCCGUCCCGUCGAAGCAGCCCUCUUCAUCACCAUCGCCGCCGUCGUCGUCGUCGUCAAGGCCGCCGUCGCCGUCGCCGUCGUCACCAGCACCCCCGUGCUGGCGGCCUCUUCAGCGGCCAGCUUCCUCGUCGGCUAUCCGGGCAUCUCGGCCACUCUGCCGCGCAUCGAGGGCAAGGUCGAGAUCCGCCCCGGCCAGGGCUUUUCCAUGCCCGUGCCCAUCUCCCUGGUGCGCAUAUGCCUGCAACGCCGCGAGACGAUACACCCCGACGCCGAGAGCCUCACCAAGAGGCACCUCGGCACCCCGCGGCGGGAGACGACGGACGUGGUCGGCAAGGAGGUCCUGCUCUUCCGCUGCUCCACCGGCAAGGAGGCCGAGAGCGUCAUAGCCAUGGACCUGCCCUUUGUCCUCUUCAUCCCCUUUGGCAGGGGCGGCGAGGAGACGAACCGACGAAUCCCCCCCGCCUCGCUCCAGCUCCCCAGCAGGACGGCCGAGACGUACUACGAGCUCGUCGUGACGGUGCAGCAGGGCCACAGCAACCAGUACAAGUACAGCUUCCCCAUGCCGCUGCAGCGCUACGACACCCUCUCGACCUUUGGCAUGUACAACAAACCCGAGACAAGGCUCGUCACGGCCGACAACGUCGUCCACCUCGGCAUCAACCUGCCGCGCUGGAGCUUUGGCCCCAACGACCCCAUCACCGUCUACCUGAAGCUGUCGCCCAACUUGGACUGGAUGAGCAAGGCCAAGCGCGUCACCAUUGAGAAGAUUACCCUCACCAUUGAGGAGGAAAUCACCUUUAAUCCCGAGGGAGACGAGCCGACCAAAAAGGUCAACAAGCUGUCCAAGCAGAUUCAGCACGUCAAGAUGAAGAUGCCCGAGGCCGGCUAUGCAACCAACAUAGGCCUGGUUUUUCCCUCCAAGGACCUGCGGGACCCGGACGGCAUCAUCAAGCGAGGCAAGCCCGCCUUUCCCUUCUACGAGGUGGCCUCGUUUACUACCUCGUCGAGCCUUUACAAGAUUGAAUUCUACGUCAGCAUCAAGGUGCAACUGAGCGGCACUCGCGAUGUCAGUCUACGGCAGCCCGUUGUCAUCUGUCCCUUGGACCAGCAGGGGUGCAAGGAGGAGAUGGACGCCAUUGAGCAAGCUGCCAAGGACGCGGCUCUGGUCGACCCCAACAACCCCAUGCUUCCAGCUCGCUCCAUUGUUCUAGCCAGCGACCGCGACUCAUUACGGGCUCUCGGCCUGUGUACCGUGGGCGGUCAGAAGAAGCCAUUUAUUGACUGA